AUGUCACGAAAGUCUGAAAUUAGUAGAAGAAAAUGUAAUGGAGGUGAGCCUUGUUAUGUUGUGUGUGUUUUAAAUUUAAAAACUUUUGAUUUUGUAAUUACUGUACAGAACUAUAUUGCUUGUCAUUUGAAAGACUUAUCAAGUUAUUACCAACUAUGUAAGCAUAAUUUAAGAUAUUUUUGUAAUCUUGUUCCAAGAAUAGCUAUUUUAUUGUCAUUGAUCUUAGAAAGAGUCUUUGGUUCUGAAGUGAAGAAAACAAUUGUGUUAAGAAAUCUGUAUUUUCAAAUGUUGGAAUUCAGUUAUUCUGUAAAUUUCAGCAAAAAUGAGCGCCGCGUCGUCGCCAUGACGACCGACAUCUCGCUGGUCCGCUGGGACCCGACGCUGCAGCAGGAGAUCGUCGAGGACUACGAAUACGAUGGCGGGAACUCCUCCUCCCGCCUCUUCGAACGCUCGCGCAUCAAGGCGCUGGCAGAUGAGAGAGAAAAUGUGCAGAAGAAGACCUUUACCAAGUGGGUUAACUCACAUCUGGUGCGAGUGUCAUGUCGCAUCGGAGACCUGUAUGUUGACCUGCGAGAUGGAAAGAUGCUCCUCAAAUUGUUGGAGGUGCUAUCAGGAGAACGCUUGAUCCAAGAUAUUACUAUUGAAGAAACAGAAAAUCAAGAAACGAAGAGCGCGAAGGAUGCUCUACUCCUUUGGUGUCAAAUGAAGACUGCUGAUAUCUUCGUGGAGCACCCAGAUGAGAAAUCCAUAAUCACCUAUGUAGUCACUUAUUACCACUACUUCAGUAAGAUGAAGCAAGAGACAGUGCAGGGUAAGAGAAUUGGCAAGGUGGUGGGUAUUGCCAUGGAGAAUGACCGCAUGGUCCAGGAAUUUGUGGAAAAGGGCAAUCUGGAAGUCCUUCUCUUCACAUUACAAUCUCGAAUGAGAGCAAACAACCAGAAGCCAUACACACCAAGGGAAGGAAAGAUGAUCUCCGACAUCAACAAGGCUUGGGAGCGCCUGGAGAAAGCCGAACACGAGCGGGAACUUGCUCUGCGUGAAGAGCUCAUCCGGCAGGAGAAGCUGGAACAACUGGCGGCACGAUUCUCCCGCAAAGCGGGCAUGCGAGAGACCUGGCUGUCAGAGAACCAGCGACUUGUGUCUCAGGAUAACUUUGGCUUUGAUUUGGCGGCAGUGGAGGCAGCUGCCAAGAAACACGAGGCCAUUGAGACUGAUAUCUUUGCCUAUGAGGAAAGAGUGCAGGCAGUGGUGGCAGUCUCCCAGGAGUUGGAGGCUGAGAGCUACCAUGACAUUGACAGGAUUAAUGCCAGAAAAGACAACGUCCUCCGGUUAUGGAACUACCUGCUGGAGCUCCUCCGUGCACGCCGCAUGAGGCUGGAGCUCUCGCUACAACUUCAGCAGAACUUCCAGGAAAUGCUGUACAUCUUGGACUCCAUGGAGGAGCUGAAGCUACGAUUGCUGUCAGACGACUACGGCAAGCAUUUGAUGGGUGUGGAAGACCUGCUCCAAAAGCACUCGCUGGAUGCGUACGCAGAGCUGGUAAAGUUGGCUGUGGAGCGCCGCGCUCGCUUGGAAGAGAGCCGCAAACUGUGGCAGUUUUAUUGGGACAUGGCGGAUGAGGAGAACUGGAUCAAGGAGAAGGAGCAGAUUGUGUCGACUGGAGACAUCGGUCAUGACCUUACCACAAUCAAUCUUCUGCUCUCCAAGCAUAAGUUCUUCGCAGAUGCAGAUGACGUGGACAUCUGGAUGCUGGACACCUUGCGCUUGGUGUCGAGUGAAGAUGUUGGGCGUGAUGAGGCCAACGUUCAAUCCCUGCUUAAGAAGCACAAGGAAGUGACGGACGAACUGAAAAACUAUGCCUCCACAAUCGAGGCUUUGCAUCAACAAGCCCAAGCACUAGGAGAGCAGGAUCGCCAAUCAUCAGUGGUGGUUGAACGUCUUGCCAGCAUCGAUCACCGCUACAAGGAGCUUCUUGAGCUUGCCAAGUUGCGCAAGCAGAGACUGCUCGAUGCUCUGUCGCUGUACAAGCUGCUGUCAGAGUCCGAUGGAGUUGAGCAAUGGAUUGGAGAAAAGGAUCGAAUGCUCCAGACCAUGGUGCCAGCUAAGGAUAUUGAAGAUGUUGAGAUCAUGAAGCACCGUUAUGAUGGAUUUGAGAAGGAGAUGAAUGCCAAUGCGUCACGGGUGGCUGUUGUCAAUCAGCUGGCUCGCCAGUUGCUGCAUCUCAAAGAACGGGAUUCAAAACUGGAGGAAGCUGGAGAUUUGCAUCGCUUCCUACGCGACCUGGAUCACUUCCAGGCAUGGCUUACCAAGACUCAAACGGAUGUUGCUUCCGAAGACACUCCAGCCUCUCUCGCUGAGGCUGAAAAAUUGCUGGCGCAACAUGGGUCCAUUCGCGAGGAGAUCGAUAAUUAUAGAGAUGACUACCAUAAGAUGAUGGAGUAUGGAGCCAUCGACGCAAGAUGACCCGCAAUACAUGUUCCUGCGUGAGCGCUUGAAGGCUCUGCGCGAUGGCUGGGAGGAGCUGCACCAGAUGUGGGAGAACCGUCAGGCUCUCCUCUCACAGUCCCUCAACCUGCAAAUGUUCAACCGUGAUGCAAAGCAGGCUGAAGUGUUAUUGGCACAACAAGAGCACAUUCUCAGCAAGGAUGAGAUUCCUGUCAACUUGGAACAAGCGGAGAACCUUAUCAAGAGGCACGAGGCCUUCCUUACAACAGUGGAGGCCAACGAUGACAAGAUCAACAGUGUAGUACAGUUUGCCCAACGGCUGUGCGAUGAGGGACACUAUGCAGCUGACAAAGUCUCGAAGAAAGCUGAUAACAUCAAUGAUCGUCGCAACGCCAACCGAGAGAGAGCCUUGGAGCAGAUGGAGCGUCUGAAAGAUCAGCUGCAGCUUCACCAGUUCCUACAGGAUUGCGAGGAAUUGAGUGAAUGGGUGCAGGAGAAGAAGUUCACUGCCCAAGAUGAAACCUACCGCAGUGCUAAGACCGUGCACAGCAAGUGGACUCGCCACCAGGCCUUCGAGGCUGAGAUUGCUUCCAACAAGGAUCGCCUCUUCCGCAUCAAACAGGCGGCGGAUGAGCUGAUCAAGGAAAAGCCUGAACUGGCCGAUGUGGUAGAGCCACGCAUUGCUGAGCUAGGCCAGCAGUUCAGCGACCUGGAGACCAUCACUAAAGACAAGGGUGAGCGUCUGUUCGAUGCCAACCGAGAAGUCCUGCUUCACCAGACAUGUGAUGACAUUGACACGUGGAUGAACGAACUUGAGAAGCAGAUAGAAUCUGAGGACACUGGCAGUGAUUUGGCAUCUGUGAACAUCCUUAUGCAGAAACAACAGAUGAUAGAAACCCAGAUGGCCGUGAAGGCUCGCCAAGUGUCGGAGCUAGAGACUCAGGCAGAAAUCCUGCAGCGCACUGCCCCAGAGAAGCUGGAUGGGAUCAAGACCAAGAAGCAGCAGGUGGAGGAGCGCUUCGAGCAGCUGAAGGCACCUCUGCUGGAGCGCCAGGUGCAACUGGAGAAGAAGAAGGAAGCCUUCCAGUUCCGCCGAGAUGUGGAGGAUGAAAAGCUCUGGAUCUCGGAGAAGAUGCCCCAAGCUACAUCGACAGACUAUGGCAACAGUUUGUUCAAUGUUCAUAUGUUGAAGAAGAAGAACCAGUCUCUUCGCACCGAAAUUGACAAUCAUGAGCCAAGAGUUGUUCUGGUCUGCUCCAACGGCCAGAAACUCAUUGAUGAAGGGCAUGAAGCCGCACCAGAAUUCCAAGCACUUAUUGAGGAACUCCAGUCACGCUGGCAGGAGCUUAAGGAGGCUGUGGAGGAGAGGCGCAACAAGUUGUUGCAGUCUGAACGCGCACAGCAGUAUUUCUUCGAUGCCAGUGAAGCGGAAUCAUGGAUGAGUGAACAGGAGCUCUACAUGAUGGUGGAAGAUCGAGGCAAGGACGAGAUUUCUGCCCAGAACCUUAUGAAGAAACAUGAGACAUUGGAACUUGCUGUGGAGGACUAUGCUGAAACCAUCCGGCAAUUGGGAGAAGCUGCGAGACAACUGACAGCGGAACAGCACCCAGACAGUGAUGCGAUAGCUGUGAAGCAGUCCCAAGUAGACAAGUUGUACGCCGGUCUGAAGGAUCUGGCUGGAGAAAGGCGAGCGAAGCUCGAUGAGUCUCUCCAGAAGUUCAUGCUCCAGAGAGAGGUGGAUGACUUGCAACAAUGGAUUGACCAACGGGAAGUUGUCGCAGGUUCCACUGAGCUGGGACAAGAUUAUGAUCAUGUCACACUUCUAUCUGAGAGAUUUAAGGAGUUUGCUCGUGACACAGAAGCCAUUGGUAGCGAGCGUCUGGCAGCUGUGAAUAGCAUUGCUGACCAGCUGAUCAGCGCUGGUCACUCUGAUUCUGCUGAGAUUGCCCAAUGGAAGGACUCUCUUAAUGACAACUGGCAAGAUCUUCUCGAACAAAUUGAGACACGUAUACAGAUGUUGGCUGCGUCUCGAGAGCUGCACAAGUUCUUCCACGACUGCAAGGAUGUGCUGGGCCGCAUCUUGGAGAAGCAGCACUCCAUGUCAGAUGAGCUGGGAAGGGACCCUGGCUCUGUGUCAGCCCUGCAACGCAAGCACCAGGGUUUCCUGCAGGAUCUUCAGACCCUGCAGACACAGGUCCAACAGGUGCAAGAGGAGUCAGCCAAGUUGUUGGUGUCGUACGCCCACGACAAGGCUAAGGAAAUCACCAACAGGGAGGCAGAGGUGGUAACUGCCUGGCACAACCUGCAGGGCCUGUGCGAUGCUCGGCGUCAGAAAUUGGCUGACACCGGUGAUCUCUUCAAGUUCUUUAGCAUGGUGCGCACGCUAAUGCUCUGGAUGGAUGAUGUUGCGCGACAGAUGAACACAUCUGAAAAACCGAGGGAUGUGAGUGGAGUUGAAUUGCUGAUGAACAAUCACCAGAGCCUAAAGGCGGAGAUUGAUGCCCGAGAAGAUAACUUCACGGCCUGCAUCUCGCUGGGCAAAGAACUACUUUCUCGCAAUCACUAUGCAUCUGCGGACAUCAAAGAGCGUCUGCUGUCACUCACCAACCAGAGGAACGCCUUGCUGCAUCGCUGGGAAGAACGCUGGCUCAACUUGCAGCUCAUCUUGGAGGUGUACCAGUUUGCACGCGAUGCUGCCGUGGCUGAGGCAUGGCUAAUAGCUCAAGAGCCAUAUCUAAUGAGUCAAGAACUUGGACAUACUAUUGAUGAAGUUGAGAACUUAAUCAAGAAACAUGAAGCAUUUGAAAAAUCGGCUGCUGCACAAGAAGAAAGAUUUAUGGCUUUGGAGCGACUCACCACGUACGAGACUCCCAGUAGUGUUGUAGAUGGGCAAAGUGUGGUGGAUCUUUCCCUGCGACCUCUGCGUCCUGUACGAAGCAAUCCCUAUCCUGCUGAGUACUUCUACCCACCCCCACCCCCUCCAGGUUACUGGCAGGAGCCAAUUGAAGAAAUUUACACUCAGGAAUUCAAAUCUCCGGGCAAGAAACGUUUUCGCCGUCGAACUCAAGGUGACAUAGUGAGAGCAAUAAUUCUCGAUUCAGACCGUUUUUACAAUCCAGACAGACCUCGCCACUCAACAACUAGUUCCGGAGGAGAGGGUGAAAAACGGGUGAAAAGGUUAUCAUCGUUUUUGCAUGAUUCUUACCUGCGAUCCGAGCCCACAAGUCCUAGUGUAGACAGCGAUGCACCUGUAUUUGAGCCAGAGCUUAGAUUUUCUAAAAUGGGUCGUGAGUAUCGAAGGCAAAAUACUGGAAGUGUAUCCGAGGAACCACCUCAAAGACUAGAGACCAAGUCUAAUAGGCAUAGCUGCAUGCCAAGUUUUCGUGAUAAUGAUGUCAGAAAGCACUCAAAAUCUGGUAGUUUCUCUGAAGAGAUCUUUGAGGAAAUUAAUUUUAAUAAUGCUGAAGCAUACCCUGAACAUGUGUCUAGUAGUAAUAAAUUUCAUAAUGCCAAUAACGAUUCAGGAAUAGUGGAGGUCAUGCAUAAAGCUGAAGUGAAGCCUGGAGAAGUGGGAUUAAGAAUUGGGAAGAGGAGGAUACGAUCACACUCAAGUAGUAUAUCAGACGAUGCUGCACAUCCUUAUGGCGGGAAAACUCCAAAUUGUUCCCGAGCAUCUCUUUCAAUGCCUCAGCAAGAAUCCAGUCUCCAUACAGAUGACAUUCUCCAUUUAAGUUCUCAAAUAUCAGCCUUGUCACGUGAUCUCAAUUCUUCCCAGUCGUACAGUGUGUCCCUUUCGGACACGUAUGAAGUGCCUUACGAUUGUCUUCGCUUGACAGCCUCGGGAUCUACACUUCCACGCCUUCAUGAAGGGGAAAACGAACCCACUUUAUUGUUAGAUUCGCCAGUAGUUGGUCCGAAACACGGUCGGCCACAUUAUCUUAGGAAAAAGAGAAGACGACGAUCCGGGUCAGGUCAGUCAUGUGAAUCUUCAGUAUCCUCUGGAUCACCCAGGCAUUCCGAUUCCUCUGAUACAGAAACUCAUUCUUGUUCCUCUGGUUCUGAUAUGGAUCCUUUAUUACCUGGGUCUACCAUGCAUGUGGAGAGUGGAAGCGUCCGAAGGCAGUUCGAGCUGAAGGAGCUGAAACGACGCCAAGAAGAGGAGGAACGAUUGCGCCAAGAGGAGCUGGCUGCCAAGCAGACGCCACCCCCCAGCUCUCCUGAGAAGCCACGAGAUGUAGCAGAUGCGGAGCCUGUGGCGGAGGCUGAUGCUUCGCAGGUGGAUGGGGAGGAAACAGAGGCUCGAGAAGCUGUGCAUGAACCAAAGUCGCCGACGGCGACCUCGCCAAUCGCCAAGGCUGCCAGCCCUGCUGCUGGUGACAGAGAUAGUGCCACUCCAGCAUCACCAGCAACAAACAAUUCAGCUGCUAGCAAGCGCCCAAGUCCUGGAGCUGAAGAAGAUCACAUGGAGGGAAGCCUGGUACGCAAACACGAAUGGGAGACGACUACAAAGAAGGCUUCUAACAGGUCCUGGGACAAGAUCUUUGUGGUGAUGCAUGGCAACCUACUGUCGUUUUAUAAGGAUCAAAAGAGCUCCAAAGCUGCUCCAGAUGCCUACUUCAAGGGAGAAAAUCCUGUGGAUCUCCGUGGGGGCUCUGCAGUUGUAGCCACAGACUAUACCAAGAAGAAGCAUGUGUUUAGGAUCAAGUUGGCUACUGGUGCUGAGUACCUCUUCCAGGCACGUGACGAUGAAGAGAUGACCGCGUGGGUGUCACGCGUACAGGCCCAGUGUGAUCAGCAGGGCUCUGCUGGACCCUCACGCUCUCAGACACUGCCUGCUGCUGGUGACCGCAAGGAGGAGUCAAAGCGACGCAGCUUCUUCACACUCAAGAAAAGCUAAGUGUUUGGACUGCCAGCCUCCCUUAGGCAUCCAUCUUUCGGCAGCACAUUACCAUUGACCAUCAAAAUCGCCGAUGCAGACCAGCCUCCUCCCUGUCAGACUCACACGCAGCUGCUUGUGGUGUGCUGUGUGGCACAUGCAAGAGACAACAACUCCGCAUACUCAUCAGUUUUCAUUCAAAUAUCUGUUGACUGCUCCACCAGUGGGUAGAGUUGACAAUUUCGCGCAUUACUUUCCCAAGUUACGUUCAGUCGAAAGGGUAUAAGACACCUGAGUGACUGAUGCUGUGCUUUGCUUGUAUUUUAGUUGUUCAGUUUGAUCAGGUGGAGGUGGUAGAUGUAACGUGUUCAACGCUUCAAGGAAACUGCCAGAAAUGUUUUUCGCUGCAUAUUGUAUCAUAACGGAAAACCUCCCAGAGGUCCUUGUAUCUCCCGUUGUUGUUUAUUUUUUUCUAUAAGUGUCCUGCACAAAGUGAAAGGAAAACAUUGGAGUGUGAACGCUUCAUGGGACUGCAUAGUGCUAAGAAUUUAAUCUGUUUUAUAAAUAAAUAUAAAUAUAUAUAUAUAAAUAUAAAUAUAGCCUUUUGCUGCUUCUGUCUUCAUACCAUUGAUAGACUGAAUGCAACUUGAUUCAGAUGAAGGACUGAAGAAUGUCUCUUGCAGAAUUGCCCUGGGAUUAAAAUGCAGAUGAGUAAAGAAGAGAAGGAGUCGCUAUCUCCCAUGUUUGUUUUUACAUCCUCAAUGAGGCUUUAAGGUCGAUGAAACUAGACGAUAAAAAUGUUUGUGAGUUACACAUGGGUUGGUUUAGCUGAUUUUCAUCAUGGUAAUUUUUUUAAAAAUGUUUUUUUCAUUUUUACAAUGUUAUAGUUGUCUUGUUCUGUAAUAUAUCACACUUAUCAAUUGUCAUUACUAUUUUAUUUUUUUGAAGAUUUUAAAAUAAGAAUGAACUUGCAUAAAUGCUGCUCGUGUGCCCGCCCGUGCAGUUGUACAAUUGUCUAUUGUUUUAAAACAGUCGAUUAAAUUCAAAUAUCUUUCGCGUACGUUACUUUUGUUCUUACGCAAUCUGGUUCACCCGCAUUGCCGCUGUGGGUGGGCAGGGUGACGCAAGCUUUGCGGCAAAAUUCAUCAGCGAAUCAGCACUCAACAGCAUUCGCUUCGUAUCUUCGUACAUGUUCUUGCUCGUUUUACAGAGUUUCGUCCAAACUUUCAAAAGAAACUGUUCUCUAGGUCCAUCAGGUUACAAAUAAAAUCUAUACAUACACAUGUUCUAUAAUCAAAUGAUUAUGUAUUUUUAAGCAGUCUUUCUGAAGCCAGGAACUUCAAAAAAAUACCAAAAUAAAAAAUAGCAGUCGUAGCCUAGUCACGUGAAAUCUGGUUAAGAAAAAAUUAUCAAACGAUAGCUUUAGUGAAUUCUACUGGCUGUAUUUUUGUUCUUCAAAUUUUGGGUUUGAGAGAUGAGCUUGCGCUAGCAAGAAGGGGGCAACAGGGAUGUUUAUUCCCAGGUUUGCCAACUUCUGCGGUUUGUGUGACUGCCACAUUGCACAGAGGCAAAGUAACGUUAUUUCUUUCUCUUUUCUCUCUUUCUCUUUUUCCUGUGCUUCACACAUACAGAGUCAUAUAUAAGAAUAUGUAAUGUAUAAAUAAACUUGCUCUAGAUUUUUGCCA